AUGUCUCUGGCUUUCCAAAGUCUGAUUCGUCCUGCAGUGCGGUCAUUCAUGGCCUCUCUUCCCACACGAAUGUUCCAUGCGUGUAACGCAGACCAGUUGUCAUCCUUCAAAGAUGUGGAUCCUGUCAAGCACAGAGAGAGAUUAGAUCAACAGAAUGCUUGGAGGCGUCGCAAACUUCUUGAAGAUCCGAUCAAGGUUAAGAAUCAACGGCGAAUCGACUACAUCAAUUACUUUUAUGGCAAGCCCGAGAAUGCGCAAAAGGUUCACGACAGAAACCGCAAACCAGACGCAGUGGAGAGACGGAAACAGUAUGACCAGAAACCAGCAACCAGGCAAUCAGCAGGCCUACGACAGUUUAUCCAGAGACGGCCCGAUAUCUGGAAACACAUGACAUGGAAAACACACACGCCCGUCCUCUAUGAGCACAAGAUAGAGCAUCGAUGUGCUACUUGCUAUAGCAAUCCUUAUCUAGGAUUGAGGUUAUGGUGGAAGCGUCACAACAGUCCAGAUUAUGGUUCAGAACACAUUCCAGAUCUUUACGAGUGCCACUCUUGCUUUGUAGCUGACUGGAGUCGUGCAUUACCCGUUGGAUAUGAGGGUUUCGUCUUUGGCCAGGGCAAAACUUUACGUCUUAGCGAUAUGGCCACACCUCCGGAUCCGAAGGAAAAAGGACACUGA